AUGGUGCAGUCCCCCCAUACUGAUCGCGCCGUCCAACUGGCCAGAGAAGCCGUAGAAUUGGUGGAUGCUGGCCAUCAUGAGACCGCCUCAAGAAAUCUCCGGGAGGCCAUCUCCCUCGCACCGGACAACGAAGAAGUCAAAUCUGCCUUCAAGAAGGUGUCAGAGGAUGUAAAACAAAACCACCCCCUCGUGAAUCUCGUUCGACGCUACGUCAUCCAGAAAAACGAAGAUGCCGGCCGCGAAGCCGCUUUAUCCCUCCGCGCCAAUGGUUUCCAACCGCCCCCCGAAGCGGCCCUAGAUGCCCUCAACCUCAUCCUCUCUUGUCCAGCUGCUUCCCUCUCAGAUACCCAGGACGAGAUAAUCACUGGUCUUGUGCGCAACAGCGCCCAUAUCCGCCUCUAUUUCGCCACCCAACUCCAACGAUCAGUCACCCAGUUCUUCGACGAUAUCUACGACCGCGGAGAUGGCGCUGUCGUCUGCUUGGAUACCGUUGUCUUGGAUCCUGCGCUCUGGCGGUCUGAGAGCGGCCGCAGUCACUGCGAAGGUGAGCUGUUUCAGCUUUUCAUUGCCAAGCUCAUGGAGUCUGGACAUGACCUUGACGGCCGCUCGUUGAAGGGCAUCGCGAGACUCCUUGCGGUUGACGCGGGGAAUCUACAACAUUUGGUUGAUGAAGAGUGUUUCGACGCUAUUCUAUCUUCCCUCGAUCUGAGGUUGCCCGUCGACGUGCGCAGCCAGGCCACCCUAUCAACUGCCAAGUACCUCGAGGCUGCGGGGGAGGCGGGGCAGAAGCUGUUUUCGAAGAUCCUUACCUCCCGUGCCGCGAGGCAGCGGAAUGAUGAUUACGUCAUUGCCUUUUCUGCUGCUGCUGCUGUCUUCCCUAUCAUCCCUGCCAUUACUGCAACGUUAUUCUUGACCGAUGGAUUUAUUCAAUCCCUUGUUCAAUUGCUGGAGCAGAAGCGGAAUGGUAAUAUUGUGGAACGUGCUGUUCUUGAAUUGUUCAACGCGGCCUGCAUCGACAAGCAAUGCCGCGAAGCCAUUAGCAAGUAUUGCGGCGAAUGGCUCACCAGUACCCUAAGCAACGGCACUGAGGAAAGAUCAGAGCUAGCGGCUGUGAUUCUCGCCAAAAUUAGAGCGUCCGAGAACGGUGCGGAUCCGAAACCCACGCCGUCUGGAAUCCGUGAAGAUGAAUCAUCAGGUAGCUCUCACGAUCUCGUUGAAAGAUUCAAGAACCUGCUUGCUAAACGUUCGCAGAAAGGAGACUUCCAUCAUUUAGUUGAAGCCCUCGCCUUCUCCUCCGUGAAGCCGGAGGUGAAGGAACAGCUAGCUUCCAACGGGUCGACAUUUCCCUCUGAACUGGUGUCUAUCCUCAAGAAUAAGACUUCAGACACCUCCAUCAUCUACGGCGGACUUACGGUAAUUCACAAUCUCACUAAAUACCUCCCUAACCUAUCCGAAGAACAAAAGAAGAUUUCCGAACUCAGAUCCUACGCAAAUGCAUCUUCCAAACCCACAGCUUCUCCCGACCCACUAGACGAUGACAACCACGUCAAGGAGCGUUGUGCAACCAUCAUCAACGCAGGCAUUAUGCCUUUGCUCAUCGACUGCAAUAAAGCCACGACCAUGUCCUCCACAUCCAUCCAAGACCUCAGUAGCAAAAUUCUCCUUUCCCUGUCCAAAACCGCACAAACCCGCGGCAAACUCGCCCAACAAGGUGCCGUCAAACUACUCCUUUCCCUCAUUUCCUCCCGCACCGAAAACGGCAACAACAGCUACCCCGCCAACGACGAACCAAUCCAAAACGCCGCCCACGCCCUGGCCCGCAUCCUCAUUUCCGUAAACCCAUCCCACAUCUUCUCCUCCUCCGGCUUCCCACAAAUAACCAGCGCCAUACGCCCGCUCAUCCACCUCCUCCAACCUAACCCUUCCCAAGCCCAAUCCCUCUCAACGGAAUACCCCCGCGACCUUCUCCCAACCUUUGAAUCCCUCCUAGCCCUCACAAACCUCGCCUCAACCAGCAGCACCAACACCUCCUCACCAACAGCAGCAAGCACGAUAACCACCCUCGCCUUCCCGAUAAUCGAAGACCUCCUCCUCUCUAACAACACCUACCUCCAACGCGCCGCCUGCGAACUAACCUGCAACCUCACAACCAGUCCCAACUGCAUCGCGAAAUUCGCCGGUGGGAGUCCCCGCGCCGCGCAACGGUUGCAUAUCCUGCUUGCACUAGCUGAUGUGCCGGAUUUGGCGACGAGAAGGGCGGCGGGGGGCGCGUUGGCGGUUUUGACGGAGUUUGAGGGGGUUGUGGAGGCCGUGUUGGCGAGGGAGAGGGGAAUAGAGGUUUUGUUGGGGAUGUGUGAGGAGGCCGAAGGGGACGGGGUGGAAUGUGGGAGUGGUAGUGGGAGUGGGAAGGGGAUGGAGAUGGUUCAUCGUGGCUUGGUUUGUGUGAGGAACAUGGCGUGUUGUGAGCGGGAGGUGGGCAAGAGGGCGAGGGAGGUGUUGAGGGAGAAGGGGGCGAUGGAGGUGUUGAGAAAGUGUUUGGUGGGGGGUGUUGGUGGCGGUAGGGGGAUUGGGGAGGAGGUCUUGAAGUGUGGAGUUGAGGCGUUGAGGGCGUUGGUUGAAACUUGA